GGUUGCCUCAGAGUGAGAAGGACGGGCGCCGGCCGGGAGAGAGGCUGCGGGGUCGCCUGGGAGACGGGCGAGGGUCCUGCGGGCGCCAUGGCAGAGACUCAGGCUGGGGCCCUGGGCCCGCUGGUGGGGGCCAUCGACCAAGGGACCAGCUCCACGCGCUUCUUGGUUUUUAAUGCAAAUACAUCUGAAUUGCUGAGUCACCAUCAAGUAGAAAUCCAGCAGAAAUUCCCUAAAGAAGGGUGGGUAGAACAAGACCCGAAGGAAAUACUACAAUCUGUUUAUGAAUGUGUGGAAAGGACAUGUGAAAAACUGAACCAGCUAAAUGUAGAUAUUGCCAAUAUAAAAGCUGUUGGAGUCAGCAAUCAGAGAGAGACAACUGUGGUUUGGGACAAACUAACUGGAGAGCCUCUUCAUAAUGCUAUUGUGUGGCUUGACCUGCGUACCCAGCCUACAGUUGAAAGACUACUUAAGCGAAUUCCAGGGCAGAAUAAAUCCUUCAUAAAGAGUAGGACUGGCCUCCCACUUAGCACAUAUUUCAGUGCUGUGAAACUUCGCUGGCUUCUGGACAAUGUGCCAAAGGUCAAGCAAGCAGUUUUGGAUCGGAGAGCUUUGUUUGGCACCAUUGAUUCAUGGGUGAUAUGGAGUUUGACAGGUGGAAAAGAUGGAGGUAUCCAUUGCACUGAUGUGACCAAUGCCAGUAGAACAAUGUUGUUUAACAUUCAUUUAUUAGAAUGGGAUGAGGAACUUUGCAAGUUUUUUGAAAUUCCUAUGGAAAUACUUCCCAAAGUGCGGAGCUCCUCAGAGAUUUAUGGAUUGAUGAAAAUUUCUCCUACCUUGAGUUCUGGAGCAUUAACCGGCGUACCAAUUUCUGGGUGCUUAGGUGACCAGUCUGCUGCUUUAGUGGGACAAAUGUGCUUUAAAGAUGGUCAAGCAAAAAAUACGUAUGGAACAGGCUGCUUCUUACUUUGCAAUACAGGUCAAAAGCCUGCGUUUUCUGAGCAUGGCCUUCUGACCACUGUGGCUUACAAACUGGGCAGAGAGAAACCUGUAUAUUAUGCAUUAGAAGGAUCUGUUGCCAUUGCUGGAGCUGUUGUUCGUUGGUUAAGAGACAAUCUUGGUAUUGCAAAGUCUUCAGAUGAAGUUGAGAAACUUGCUGCUGCUGUAGGCACUUCUUAUGGCUGCUACUUUGUCCCAGCAUUCUCAGGAUUAUAUGCACCAUACUGGGAACCCAGUGCUAGAGGAAUCAUUUGUGGCCUUACUCAGUUUACAAAUAAAAACCAUAUUGCCUUUGCUGCACUAGAAGCUGUUUGCUUUCAAACACGAGAGAUUUUGGAUGCAAUGAACAAAGACUGUGGAAUACCAUUAAGUCAGUUACAAGUUGAUGGAGGAAUGACUAACAACAAGAUUCUUAUGCAGCUCCAAGCUGACAUUCUUUGUAUUCCAGUAGUAAAACCAUCUAUGCCUGAAACUACAGCACUGGGAGCAGCCAUGGCAGCAGGGGCUGCUGAAGGAGUAGGUGUCUGGAGUCUGAAUCUUGAUGACCUUACGGCAGUAACAAAUGAAUGUUUUGAGCCAAAGAUCAACCCUGAAGAAAGCGAGUAUCGCUAUAGCAGGUGGAAGAAAGCUGUAAAGAAGUCAAUGGGCUGGGAGACAUCAGAACCUCAAGGAGAUGCUAGGGUGCAUCUUCAAAUAUCAUCAGUGACCAUUUGUAUUCUGCCUACAAACAAAUUGGUAACCUGUACAAGUUUUGCGGGAUAUUUGUAGCAUGAUUCUGUAACUGUAAAUGAGACUCAUUCACACAUUUCCAGGAAACUGCAACAGCUGAAGAGAAUCCGGUGCUCUCUUCCAAUGUGAUGUCAUUGUUUUGACUUGACCACUCUCAAAAUUAUUUGUGGACAUUUAGGAAGACUUGGAUAAGGAACACAGAAGAUAUUGCUGCUACCUGUUCCCUGCUUAACUGUGUAGUGGGAUAGAAGCCUUGGUUAGCUUCCUCAUCUGCGAUCACCUGUUUUGACAGGGAUAAUUGCCAAUAAGAGAAGUUAUACUUUUUAAAAAUCCUUACAGUUCAAGAACUUGGCAUUAUGUACACAUCUGUAAAGUCAUAGUGAUUUUUUUCACUUCCUAGAAAAUUGCCCAUUUAAUGGUCCUGCCAAUCUGUUGGUAGAGAGGAAGGGAACAACAAUGGUUUUUAUCAUGAUCAAUUAUCUUCAUUCAAUAUUGAUGUCUUCAGUGGUGCUUUUUAAACAAACAAACCUCUAAUUAAUGAUGGAUUUUACUCCUCUGUUCAUGUGCAUUAUUUAUCAGUCUGAAGGACUCAAAAUACUGUAAGUGCCACAAGCUUAUAGGUUAAACAUGUAUUUCUCUAUUUGCCAAAAGUAUAUUUAAAUUCCUAAAUAUAUAAACUUCCACAUACUUUGGCAACCCAAAGAACAUAAUAGCAAGGAAGCCAUACAUUUCAAGUACUAUGAUAGCAACUUAGGGCCCAAACAGACAGGCCAAAAUAAAGUUGUUUCGGGUCACUUUGGAGGUAUGCUAUUUAAAUUAUGCAUGUGUCCUAAGAGGCCGGAAGCCACGCCAAAGCCACGCUCCAGUCCUAAGGACUGGAGCACGGCUUUGGUGCAGCUUCUUCCCUCUUAAGAUGGUUGUGUCAUUUAAGCAGCAUACCUCCACAGUGACCCAAAGCGGCUUUAUUUUGGUUUGUCUUUUCGGGACUUAGUAACAAACAGUAGAAGUCAGAAGCCAAGGUGUGAAGACAUGUGUUAAGAAGACUUGUAUAAAUUCAUUUCUCAUGUUCUCUGUUGGUUAGGACAAUCCAAAAUGAAACUUUCUGUUGUCAAUUCUAUAGGAACUGAUUUCAGAAAAACUGGGUACUUUGCCCUCUGUUUAAUUUGUUAUAAAAGUCUGGACCAAAAGUAUUUGGGAUAGAAGUACCAAGAGCUUUCAAAAUGACACCAUCUUACAUUGCCGUGGGUUGGGGGGAGGGGGUCCUAACGAAAACAUCACUGCCAACUCUCUCUCUCUUCUAUAGUCUCCUUUCUUUUUUUCUCACACACAAAAUAGUUCUCUUAUUUUCUCUUUAUGUUGGUUUGUGGUUUGAUCCCCUUUGUCUUCCUUUUUUCUUUCUUUUUCAUAACCAUCUGCUGUCUCCCAUGUCCUUUUUACUAAACUUGGAGAACAGUAAAGGAAUAGAGAAAAGAUGGAAGAGGAAACAAAGAGGCAAACAAGGGUAACGGUCCUUUUCAAAUCUUCCUUCUAAUAGGCUUUCAUCAAAGGCCUCCUUGGAAUUCCUCCCAGGUUCUCUAAAACAUGUACCAAAUGUCUUCCAUGCUGUCCAUUUUUUUACCGCUAAUACUAUAACUGCAACAGGUUUUUAGCUAUGCAUAUAACACUAAAGUGAACUGAAUAUGAAAACUUCUUGAAUGCAGUCUUUCUUAUAUUUGAAGAUAUCAUAGGAUUCUGUAAUAUACUCACAAAGGAUUCCCUCGGGGAUGAGUGGCAUAGUCUACUCCCUGUUAUAAAAAUCUUAUGCAUAGGAAUAUUUUGGCAAAUAAAAGGGCAUGGUGACACCUUUUUAAGUCUGAAUUCACCAAAUUUGGGAGUUUAGUGUAUGACUGUUUUGAAUGAUAGCAGUAUGCUAAGUAUGUGUACUAGGAGCUAAAGGGAACAUUCUUGCUCAAAACAUUAGCAUGUUUGUCUUGUGUGAAAUUUCCCCAUUUUUACUGAAUGUGUGCGUUUCAACAACCUAUAAAAUAAUAUUAACAGAAAAUGUGAAGAAUAUUGAGUCUUUACAGGAUACUUAAUAUAAAUGCCUUUUCAUUAAGUGCAAUGUAAAUGAUGAUUUCUGAAAGUGUAACUGCUGAAUAUUUAUGGAUUGAUGAAAUGUAGGAAUCACUUCAGCAUCGUAACUUAGUCUGGGUGACAAAUGUUUUAGCGUGUUAAUAAAUGUAAUGACAAAGGCAAUUUAGAUUUGUACCAAGACUGUACAUGUAAUCUCAAGAAUGGGAUUUGUGAAACUCAGAAUUUCAUGUCUGUCAUUUGGGUACAGAUAUUGUAUGGCCUGUGGGCCUCAUUUAGCUAUUCACAGGGUUUUUGGUCCAAGUUUUGGGCCAUUACAAUGCAGCAUGUUUUUUCCUGUGGGUUUUAGCAGAGGAAAGUACUAAGGGAGAGGUUUUCUAGUGCAGAUCUUUGUUGAGCUGGAUAUGAGGCCUUUUUUAAAAAAACAAACUAUAAAUUGCAUAGCAUUUGGACUCGGAGUGCACUGUAAUAUGGGUUUUGGAGAUGGAGCUGGUGCCAAAUUCUAAUUCCCUUUUUUCCAAACAAAUGCUGAUACAACAGAUCUUAAAAUAACCUGGAAACCACUUGUUUAUGAGCUGUCUCUGCGUGUGUUCUGCUGCUGUGUUGUAUGGCAUUCUUUGGUGGGCAGUUUCAGCUACAAUUUGUGGGAAUAUGUAGGACAUUAAAUUAUUUUUGUGAGAUUAUAGCUACACUUCUAAUUUUGUACAUUGUACUUAAUUCCACUUUUUCUACAGAACGGAAUCAGUUGUAGAAACCUGUUCACUUUUUGUGAAUAGAAAGAUGAUCUUUCUGUCCCUAAAUUUAACAUUCUUAAAUGGAUACAGUGAAAGUAUACGUAUACCAACAAUACUGCUUGGUGUUGCACUACUAGGAAUAAAUGUGAUUUAAAAUGUGCUAGACCUUGUUUUUUCAAUUAUGUUUGCAAUGAAAGCCAUGAAUAAAAUAAUGAAGUCUG